GAGAUACUUCUUCCCCUCUGAAAGAACGAGUGGAACCAGAUGGCUCUCACUAGUAGCUGCUGCCUCCCCUCCGCUCCAAGCAAAAUCUCCACCUUCACCAGUAGCCCCAGAAAGCAUGGCAAGCCCCUCCUUCCCUGUGUUUCUAUGUGUGCGCGCGGCGGUCUAGGAAAGCAAACGAACGAAUUGACAGUCGAGUUGCCCAGAGUGUCACAUUCCUUUUUGGCGGCAGUUGUGGCAUGUAAUUUGUUCGUUCUUGCGCUUUUUAGGAGCUUGGUUGUUGCAAAUACUGCUGGUGCCUUGCCUGAAAAAUUCUUGGAUUUAACAUCUCCAACCUUUCUUGCUGAUAUGAACCUGGGAGACUGGCUCGGAGGUCUACUUUAUUCAGCUGGACAGCAGGCUAAUGAAGCUGUGCAGAGUCAAUUGUCAGCUGUCAGUUUUACAAGCCUGGCAGUAAUUUUUGGUGCAGGUCUUGUCACCAGUCUUUCACCUUGCACGCUUAGUGUUUUGCCAUUAACUCUAGGAUACAUUGGGGCUUUUGGCUCUGGAAAAAGUCAAGCUGAGAUUAUCUGGAAUUCAGUUUCUUUUUCAUUGGGUCUGGCAACAACAUUAUCCAUUCUUGGUAUUGGUGCUUCUUUUGCUGGAAAGGCAUAUGGGCAGAUAGGUCAAGGUCUUCCACUGGCUGCUUCAAGCUUGGCUAUCUUAAUGGGUCUAAAUCUUUUGGAGAUUGUUGAAUUGCAGCUCCCCUCAUUCUUUAGUGAUUUUGACCCUCGUUCUAUCGCUGCUAAUUUCCCUGUUGGUGUUCAAGCAUACCUAGCUGGUCUUACAUUUGCCUUAGCUGCAUCACCAUGCAGUACUCCAGUUCUUGCCACUCUUCUAGGCUAUGUGGCGACAUCCAAGGAUCCUUUGAUAGGUGGAGGCUUACUAUUAACAUACACAACGGGUUAUGUGGCUCCUCUCCUUAUUGCAGCUUCUUUUGCCGGUGCAUUACAGAAUUUGCUUUCGUUUCGGAGGUAUUCAAGUUGGAUAAACCCAAUGAGUGGAGCACUUUUACUUGGAGGGGGUAUUUACACCUUAUUAGAUAGAUUGUUUCCUGCUUCAUCAAUGGCCAUGUGAUAAGUUCAAACACAGAAUGGACGCCGGGCAAUCAUUCAGGCCGUCUCUACUUUAAGGAUGAAAUUAAACUACUUGUACAGGAACUAAAUAGCCAUCACAGCAUUUGUUUCUCAAUUUUGGUGGCGUAAUAAGCAUACCAGAUGUUUAGUUAAUCAUCUACUUGUUAUCUUAAGAUACUGUACUUAUUUAAUGGCUAGAAUGAAUAUGGAAAUAUUGAUCCUUCGCAGUUCA